AUGAUUGCUGCUAGAAGUACCUUGAAGAGUGUUUCUCGUCAAUCUGCAGCUGUAUCUGCAUCUGUAUCUGCUUUUGGAAAGUUUGCUGCUGCUGCUGCUGUUCGUGCUCAAUCUACCAGCUCCAAUGCUGGUGCAGCACCAACGGGACCAGUUAUUGGUAUUGAUUUGGGUACUACCAAUUCUGCUGUCGCCGUGAUGGAAGGCAAGACGCCAAAGAUUUUGGAAAACUCGGAGGGUGGAAGAACUACACCUUCUAUUGUUGCCUUCACUAAAGACGGAGAGAGAUUAGUUGGUAUCCCAGCUAAACGUCAAGCUGUCGUUAAUCCAGAAAAUACCUUGUUUGCCACUAAACGUUUAAUUGGUAGAAGGUACGAAGAUAAAGAAGUGCAAAGAGACAUUAACCACGUUCCAUACAAGAUUGUCAAACAUGGUAAUGGAGAUGCUUGGUUAGAAGCAAGAGGUAAACAGUAUUCUCCACAACAAAUUGGUGGAUUUGUGUUGAACAAAAUGAAGGAAACCGCUGAGGCAGCUUUAGGUAAGAAAAUCAAUAGUGCCGUUGUUACAGUCCCUGCUUACUUUAAUGAUGCUCAAAGACAAGCUACAAAAGAUGCCGGUAAAAUUGUUGGUUUGAAUGUUUUGAGAGUUGUUAACGAGCCAACAGCCGCUGCUUUGGCUUAUGGUUUAGAGAGGAAAGACGGUGAAGUUGUUGCCGUUUUCGAUUUGGGUGGAGGUACUUUUGAUAUUUCGAUUUUGGAUAUUGGUGCUGGUGUUUUUGAAGUUAAAUCGACUAACGGUGAUACCCACUUGGGUGGUGAAGAUUUCGAUAUUGCUUUGGUCAAAUACAUUGUUGAUGAUUUCAAGAAGGAAUCGGGUAUUGAUUUGUCCAAAGACAGAAUGGCUAUUCAACGUAUUAGAGAAGCUGCUGAGAAGGCAAAGAUUGAGUUGUCCUCAACUGUUUCAACCGAUAUCAACUUGCCAUUUAUUACUGCUGAUGCUUCAGGUCCAAAACACAUCAACACCAAGAUUUCAAGAGCUCAAUUUGAACAAUUGGUUGAACCUUUGAUCAAAAAGACUAUUGAACCAUGUAAAAAGGCAUUGAAAGAUGCCGGCUUAUCCGCAUCUGAUAUCUCGGAAGUCAUCUUGGUUGGUGGUAUGUCAAGAAUGCCAAAAGUUGUUGAAACUGUUAAAUCCAUUUUCGGUAAAGAACCAUCCAAGAGUGUUAACCCAGAUGAGGCUGUUGCUAUGGGUGCUGCUAUUCAAGGUGGUAUUUUGGCUGGUGAAGUUAAAGAUGUUGUUUUGUUGGAUGUUACCCCGUUAUCCUUGGGUAUUGAAACCAUGGGUGGUGUCUUUGCUAGAUUAAUUUCUAGAAACACAACUAUUCCAGCUAAAAAGUCACAAAUCUUUUCAACUGCAUCUGCUGGUCAAACCUCGGUUGAAAUUAGAGUAUUCCAAGGUGAAAGAGAAUUAACUAGAGACAACAAAUUAAUUGGUAACUUUACAUUAUCUGGUAUUCCACCAGCACCAAAAGGUGUCCCCAAGAUUGAAGUCACUUUUGACAUUGAUACCGAUGGUAUCAUUAAAGUGUCUGCUCUUGACAAGGCCUCAAAUAAGGAUGCUUCAAUCACAGUUGCCGGUUCAUCUGGAUUAUCCGAUGCUGAAAUUGAAAAAAUGGUUAACGAUGCUGAGAAGUUUGCUGCAUCAGAUAAAGCAAGAAGAGAAGCUAUUGAAACUGCAAAUAGAGCUGACCAAUUAUGUAACGAAACUGAAAGCUCUUUGGAGGAACACAAGGAAAAAUUAUCAAGCGAAGCAGUUGAACACAUUAAAGAAACAAUCACCAAGUUGAGAGAAGUAGUAUUAAAAGCACAAGCUGGUGAAGAAGUUGCUGCCGAGGAAUUGAAACAAAAGACUGAAGAAUUACAAAAUGAAGCUAUCAACUUGUUUAAGGACUUGUACAAAGAAGGAGACUCAUCAUCAUCUUCAUCAUCAUCGUCAUCUGGUUCCGACGAACCAAAGAACUAA